AUGCUUCAGUCCAGGGCUUUGGCGGUGGCUCUGAUUCUGCUCCUCAGCACCAGUCUCUCUGAAGUGGGUGCUAAGGCAAUCUCAAAGAGACACGUCCGUCGUGACUGGCUGAUCAUACCGGAUUCAAUUGCAUUUUACAUGUACGAAUCUGUGAACAAAGUGUCCCCAAAAGCUGGUCAGUUCUUGGCGGAAGCUGUUCAGACUCCAGUAAUCCUUGAGAUCAGGAACUUCCUGAUGAAGGAGACCUCUAAAAUCAGUGUGCUGGCAGAACAGCUGAUGGAAAAAUUAACAGGUCUGUGGAAGAAGAAAGAGGAAGCCCCAGCCCAGCAGUAG